AUCCAUUCUUGUGCCGUUUCUCGGAAAAGCUUUUCAGUAAAUGCACUCAUGCUGCUCCAGGAGCUCUCUGCAACAAGCCGCCCAUCUGCCAUCAACAAGUUAAGACGGAAAGAACUAACGGCUGUGGAAAGGGGAGACUGAAGCUUUGAUUAACCAGCUGAGCAGUCGGAGGUAGAGAAAAUAACUUACAUUCAAAACUGCUUUAGAGGAUCUGAGUGGUCACAGAAAAUGAAGCCAGUGCUUUCCAGAGGAAUAUCCUAAAGAAAAAACAACUUACCCUGGUGGAUUAAAUUGUACUGAGAGCCUGGGACACAAGGAAACAGGACACUGGUCAAAGGCUCCUGCAUGUUAGAGCCUUUUACAGACUCACUGCGCUGAGUCUAAGAACCGCGACUGAAUGCAGCCUCCAAUGUGCUCAGAAGAAUGGGCUUACAUUUCAAGUGGCCAUUAGGGGCCCCUAUGCUGGCAGCAAUAUAUGCAAUGAGUAUGGUUUUAAAAAUGCUGCCUGCCCUGGGUAUGGCGUGUCCACCCAAAUGCCGCUGCGAGAAGCUGCUCUUCUACUGCGACUCUCAGGGUUUCCACUCAGUGCCAAACGCCACAGACAAGGGCUCUCUAGGCCUGUCCCUGAGGCACAAUCACAUCGCGGAGCUCGAAAGGGAUCAAUUUGCCAGUUUCAGUCAACUUACCUGGCUCCACUUAGACCACAAUCAAAUUUCAACAGUAAAAGAUGAUGCUUUUCAAGGACUAUAUAAACUUAAGGAAUUAAUCUUAAGUUCCAACAAAAUAUUUUACUUGCCAAACACAACUUUUACCCAACUAAUUAACCUGCAAAAUUUGGACCUGUCUUUUAAUCAGCUGUCAUCUCUGCAUCCAGAGCUCUUCUAUGGCCUCCGGAAGCUGCAGACCUUGCUUUUGCGGUCCAACUCCCUGCGGACUAUCCCAGUUCGCCUAUUCUGGGACUGUCGUAGUCUGGAGUUUCUGGAUUUGAGCACAAACCGUUUGCGAAGUUUGGCUCGCAAUGGAUUUGCAGGAUUAAUCAAACUGAGAGAACUUCACCUAGAGCACAACCAGCUGACGAAGAUUAAUUUUGCUCAUUUCCUCCGGCUAAGCAGUCUGCACAUGCUCUUCUUACAAUGGAACAAAAUUAGCAACUUGACAUGUGGGAUGGAGUGGACCUGGGGCACUUUAGAAAAGCUAGACCUGACAGGAAAUGAAAUCAAAGCCAUCGAUUUGACAGUGUUUGAAACUAUGCCUAACCUUAAAAUACUCCUCCUGGAUAACAACAAGUUAAGCAGCCUUGAUUCCAAGAUCUUACACUCCCUGAAAACCUUGAGUACUGUUGGCCUCUCUGGCAAUCUGUGGGAAUGCAGCCCCCGAAUAUGUGCUUUGGCCUCCUGGCUGGGCAGUUUCCAAGGUCGGUGGGAGCACUCCAUCCUAUGCCACAGUCCUGACCACACCCAAGGAGAGGAUAUUCUAGAUGCAGUCCAUGGAUUUCAACUCUGCUGGAAUUUGUCAACCACUGUCACUGCCAUGGCUACAACUUAUAAAGAUCCAACCACUGAAUAUACAAAAAGAAUAAGCUCAUCAAGUUACCAUGUGGGAGACAAAGAAAUCCCAACUACUGCAGGCAUAGCAGUUACUACAGAGGAACAGUUUCCUGAACCAGACAAUGCCAUCUUCACUCAGCGGGUAAUUACAGGAACAAUGGCUUUAUUGUUUUCUUUCUUUUUUAUUAUUUUUAUAGUGUUCAUCUCCAGGAAGUGCUGCCCUCCCACUUUAAGAAGAAUUAGACAGUGCUCAAUGAUUCAGAACCACAGGCAGCUCCGAUCCCAAACACGACUCCAUAUGUCAAAUAUGUCAGACCAAGGACCGUAUAAUGAAUAUGAACCCACCCAUGAAGGACCCUUCAUCAUCAUUAAUGGUUAUGGACAGUGCAAGUGCCAGCAGCUGCCAUACAAAGAAUGUGAAGUAUAAUUAUCUACCCAUCAUCAAAAAUCACAUCAGAUAAGUAACCUAUUUUACAUCGUAGGGGCUAAAUACAUAUCUAAUUUUUACCAAUGGUGACAUUAAGCCUAAUUUUCCAAACCAAGUGGAGACUUAAGUUUUUGAAGUGAUGAAGUAAUUUUUUUUUUAAUUUUUAAGUGUUAAAUGAAGCACUGCUCACAUUAAUUUGCACUCCUAUUGGAAAGUCUAAAAACAUUCACUCCAAAAUAAGACGCUUCAUUCAUGUAUGUAGAUAAAUACUAUCGUGUGUAAACAUUUACACUAAGGUCUCCACAUACUGUUUUUUUCUACUGAAAAGAGUUUGGAAAGACACUAAUGAGCAUAAAAAGAUAGGAUCAAUACUUGUUUGAUCACUGCACUCCAUCCCACAUACCACAACUGGCUUGCAGCUUAAAAUGAGACUUUAAUAAAAAGUUCUCUUGUAUGAUAAUUUGGUAUUAAAUCAACAAUCCACUACCAGUAUGGGAAGUAGAAUUUCACAUAUACUAAAGAUUGGUAAACAUUAAACACUAUUCUUCCAGAGUUUUUGCCUGGGUUAGCAAAUAUUAUCAAAAUCCACAUCAUGAAAUCAAAACCCUUUAUGUAAUUCUAAUAAGCUGAGUGACUCUGUAAUAUACUUAAACAAUGAUCCAAGUGUUUGUGAAAAGGUUCCAUUUACAAUGAAAUCAAUACUAAAUAAUUACACUGACAUCAUAUAUCUCUUUCCUUUGAUUUAUAAUGGACAUGUUGAUUUAUGUGGCACUUAAGACUUUUAAACUAGAAUAAAGUACCAUUUUACUAAUUAAUCAACUUAAUCCUAUAUUUACAUUUUUUUCCAAAAAGAUUUAAAAGCUAUUUGAGAUAAACUGAGUAAACUUAACAAUCCUAUGACACACUCCCUCUAGUUUAGAAACACACACAAUCUCUUUCUUCCUUCUCCCUCUCUAACAAUCAAGAUCAUAAAUGCCUUGACAAAGGGGUUUAAACCUCUUUUUUCUGCCUUUUCCUGAUCUUCAAACCUCAAAGAGCAAAAUUUUAAAUAAUUGGUUCGCAACAGACAUAAAUACCACUGAUUCUUGUUAGUCUAGUUAUAAAGAAACCAUGAAAAAAUCACUCCUUAAAGUAUUACAUGCUAAAUUUUAACCUUUUAAUAAAACAUGCACAUUGUAAGAGUAAUUACUCCUAAGGACAGGAAUGACUAUUACCAAGGUGAACCCUCUCAAGAGUAGAACACCCUACAUAACUAUAUAGCCACACAGCAGUUAACUCAAAGGCUGUUUGAGGUGAAAGGAUGAAGGGGAAAGGCAGCAUUUUGAAAUCUGGCUCUUGAAGAUGCAAGUUAACGGAAAUUACAAACAGCCAA